CUUCCCUUCCCGCCCGCCCGCCCGCUCGCCCGCCUCCUCCAGUUGCCGGCCGCCACUGGCUGUCGUACCGCGCUUAGACAUGUCCGCCCCGCCGCCGAUGGCCCCCGCUGCCGGGGGGCGUCCCUCGGCCCCCCCGGCCGGGGUCAGCCUCUUCGAGCAGUCGAGCUUCUUCCAGCGCUGGUACUUCCGCCCGGAGACGCUGACCCGUCUGCGGGCAGCCAGUAACCUUGACGCCCGACGGCGCCUGCUGGCGCGCCAUGGGGCCCAGGCCUUCUCCUCGACGCCCCUCUCGUCCGCCGACGCCGAGGUGGACCCCAUGUCGCCGAAGCUCGACCGAUUUCUCUCCCCGGAAGAGGAGCUGAUCGUAUUGAAUACUCUCCUUCGGAUGGAUUUAUGGCGCAUGGUCGAUCGCAUGGCCCUCCCCUCGUCGGUGGGCUACGUGUGCAUGGUUCUCCUUCGGCGCUUCUACCUCCGUCAAUCAAUCAUGGAGCAUCCCGUGCGGUUGAUGCUCUUGACAGGUCUCUACCUGGCGUACAAACUGGAGGUCGCUGUUGCCGCCGGGGCUGGGAUCCGGCCAUUUGAGUAUUUUCUGGAGCAGCUUCGCCUCCCGGCCACCUUCGCCGAGGGUCUCACCCGGAACGAGGCUCUUCUGCUGAAUGGCGUGACUUUCGACCUGGACAUUCCCCUGCCGCACGACGCGGUCACUGGCAUCUACCUGGCCAUGGUUCGGUAUGCGGUGCGCAAUGAAGGGGCCCCGCGGUCAGCGGUCCUCCCCGGGACGACAGGCGGCGCGGCGGCGGCCGCCAGUUCCGAGCGCCGCGUCUUCAGCAAAGCCAUGACCUUGAACAUGUAUGACGAUGCAAUGAACCGACACCUGCCCACAUACUUCCACUCGGAUGCCUGCCUCACGCAUACGCCGGCGCAAAUCGCCUUCGCGGUCAUGCACCAAGUGGCCCGCAUCCACAUGCAGGAGGCUCCCUUCCUGAACUUCUACAGCAAUGUCAUCCUCAUGCUGCCGCCCUCCUCACUCAAGGCCCAGCAGGUUGUCACCAAGGAGCGCCGCAAGGAGGCCAUGGCCUCCCUCACGCAGACGGCCGACCUCCUUCGGAGAGAGGUCGACCAAACCCGACCCACCGACGAGAGGAUCUUCAAGGAGCUGGACGGCCGCAUGAGGUACAUCCUGGAGACGGGAAACCCCAACAUGCGGACAGCCAAGCGCCCGCGUCCGGCUUCCGGCUCGGCUGGUGCCGGCCCGCCGGCCAAGAAAGCUGCCCAGCCGAGCGAGUCCUGAGCCUGGCCCUGUGGCCGGUAUUCCCCGGUCCAGAAAACACGCCCCCCUCCCGCC